AUGAUGAGAAGUCAUCUCUCUCUCCUCCUCUUCAUUGGGCUCCUCCCAGCAAUCUCCGCAUGGCUCCCAGCCGCCCUGCCCACCCAUCGUCAAACAGCUCGAGCAGGAGCCAGGCAGCGGGCCCCGGCGAUGUCGAGCAUGCCCGCGGGAGAGAAGUACGGAGAGAACAGGGUGCAAGUGAUCACAGACAUCGACGACACGGUCAAGUCUAGUGGAGGUGUUCGUCUCUUCUGGCGGGUUGGCCCUGCCUUGGGAGGCAUUGACACGCAGUACAAGAGGGGAGACUUUUACCCAGGCGUCUUCCAGUUCGGGCUAGAGCUCGCGUCCUUUGGGCUUCCUCCCAACAAGGAGCCAGCUCCUCUCGCUGUGCUCACGGCUCGAGCUCGAGAGCUGAAGCUGUUCCUCGCCCUCAAGCCCAAGACCAAGCUGUGCGUGCAGUAUGUGAAGGCAGCUACAGAGACGUUCGAGAGCUGGGGGAUCGGGUCGCCGAGAUGGGGGGUAGACUGUGAGAGGACAGUACUGUACGGGAGCGUCAUGGAGUGGAUCCUGCAGUUCAGGAAGGGAUGGAGAAAAUUCGACAACUUCAAGAAGCUCAAGGAGAUGAACGACGAGAGGACCCGUUACGUGCUGGUCGGGGACACUGGCGAGUACGACUUCGAGUGUGGCGAGCGCAUGGCGGAGUUCUGCCCUGAGCUUGUCAAGGGCAUGUUCUUCCACGUGGUCUCGGAGCAUGACUGGAAGGAGGCAGGAGAGGACGGUAUCCCCAUGCCGAUCGACAGGUACCUCAACGGAGUGCCUGUUUGCUACUUCAGGACGUAUGUCGGGGCCGCGAGAAAGGCCUUCCGCAUCAAACUGAUAGGAGUUGACGAAUACUUACGAAUCAUCUGCGCCGCACAAUCUGCCCUUGAGCAAGUAGACAGGCCGGUGACAGCUGGCAGGGAGGACCUCAAAUGGAAGGAUCUUCAGCGGGACAUUGACCUGUCCUACGUUGAGAUCGGCCGCUUCCUGCGGCAGCAGACGCCGUCGUCACCCGCUGCUGCUGAGGUGCAGGAGACGGAGCAGCCGAAGCAAGGAUGGAAGGAGAGAGCCAAGACGAAGCUGAGGGAGGCGAUCGGCGUGUUGGAGAGCUUGCAGAGAAAGUGA